ACAGUUGUGUGUGCAAUUUAAGGGGCAUAAGUUCAAUCUCAGAAUCUAGGGGUUCUGCCCAUCUUCAUUAUUAACAACCUUACAGGCCACAUGAUUAGAAGGGAAGUACCUAUCACACGAAAAUUACAUCUCUCCCUUCUGCUUCACCAAACCUUUAUUUUACUUUCUAGCUUUCUGCAUAUUUCUCUUCAAAAUCCAUAUAUAAAUUUGAAUUCUUCUCAAUACUACCCAUCUGAAUAAUAUGGCUUCCACUCUUUUGGUCGUGGUUCUAACCUGUCUCACCUUUCAACUAGUCCUCACCAAUGCACAAGCACCAGCAGCUGCACCCACUACGGCCACAACACCGCCACCUUCUACCACACCUGUUGCCCCAGCUGCACAACCACCAACCUCUGUAACACCACCCCCUGUAACUCCAGCAGCAACCCCACCCACAACUCCACCAACAUCACCAGCCCCUAAAGUCGCACCAGCCACAAGCCCAACAGUUCCACCCCCAAAAACUCCACCAACACAACCGCCAAAGAUUUCACCAAUCUCAACUCCAACUCAGCCACCACCACUCCCACCUCCAACAUUACCACCACAGGUGCCCCCAACACCAGCACCAGCUAAGGGAGCACCAGUGCCCUCACCAUCACAAGCACCACCAGUCCCAGCGCCAACACCAUUAAAAGCAUCACCAGCUCCUGCACCAGCUGUUGCAGAACCAGCUCCGGCACCUGUGGAAGUGCCAUCACCUGCACCAGCUCCACAUAAACACAAGAAAAGAAAGCACAAACACAGGAGGCAUCAUCAUGCACCAGCACCAGCGCCAACCGUCCAAAGUCCUCCAGCCCCACCUAUAGUGACAGAUGCAGAGGAUACAACACCAGCCCCAUCACCAAGCUUGGAUUUGAGUGGAGGAAAUGCACUGCACCAGAAAGGAGCAAAGUCUGCUAUAUGGAUUACAACUGGAUUAGCUAUGGCUAUACUGCUAGCAAUUACAAACUAAUCUCUUAGAUGAUGAACUAUGAAUUCAUUGGUGUUGCAUGGAGACAAUUAUUU